GAGAGAGAGAGAGAGAGAGAGAGAGGGAGGGGCGUGUAAUGUUGGUUUCACAUGACGCACACGCACACGGGUCAGCCGCCUGGCUGGUUCCAUGCAAUUAUGCGUUGAUGAGGGUCACAUCAUGGUGUGUGUCCGCCGGCUGCCUGUGACCUGACGUCCGCAUCCUCGGCUGCUGCUGCUGGUGCUGUGGAGUGGGGGUGUUGGCUGAGACGUGGCCGGUGCUCAACAUGUCGUUGAUGCCGCAAUCCCCCAUCUGGCGUUCGUUAACAUCCCAACCACACACGUAGCGUGGCGUUCGUGUCAGGCCUGUGUGUAUGUAUUGUAUUGUGUCUUUACUUUGAUUUUGAAGUAUCCUUUGUCGCCCCAAGUAUCGUUCCAGCUGUUGAGCACCAGCCAGUACUCGACGCCAUCCUCCACACCCCACCUACACCCACACACGCACGAACAUUCAUCCAGGAAUCCGACCCUCCCUGUGCCAGUCAGUUCCCUCCCUGUGCUGCCUGCCUGCGUGCGACCUCCCCUCACCCACAUACCCGAGUAUUUUGAUGGCGUGUCCGCCGAGCAUCCUGCCUUUGACGUGCUGGUACACACCCGACUUGUAAGUCAGGAAGUCCGAAUACACAGAGAACGCACCCGUGAUGGGGCCGUUCUGCACACCACACGCCCACAUAGACACACAGAUAAGUUCGAACCACUUACUGUGAGUGUGUCUCUGUGACAGACACCUCACCUCCAUGAUCUCUCGUUUGGCCUCAUCGACGUCGAACAGCGUGAAGGCCUCGUACGCCUUGUGCCGGUCCUGUGCGCACGCACACACACACACGAGAGACCAUGAAUAGCACGUGCGUCGCGUCCCUGGGGGGGGGCCAUGCACCGCACCCACACAGACGGAUAGUCCAUCCACCUCACCCACCUGGUUGAACUGCUCGGUGUAGUUUGUUUCAGAGCAUUUGGCCAUGCACUUGGGGGUGCUCUGCUCGCCAUUGCAGGCCGGGUAUGGGCCUUUGACGUGGUGAGAACACUGAAGGGACGGAGGAUACCAGCCAGCCAGCCAACCCACGCCAAUUGGAUUGGACCCUGUGUGUGUGGUGCGCUUUUGGUCUGUCUGUCUGUCUGUCUGUGCGAGUGACAUCAGAUCCCUCCCUCGUACCAUUGGAAGUUGGUAGGGCCAGCAGGUGUCCCCCGUUCCGAUGUCGCCAUAGUCACCACCACUCACCACACCCUGCGGUGCAAACACGCCGGCAGGACACGAACGUGGGAAAGAGUGUGGCUCGUGUGUGUCAUGGCGACUGACUGACCACUUCAGUGAACCACUGCCAUGCGAGUGCGGGCUGGCCACCGUCACAGCCGAAAGAAAAACAAUGAGACUCGUCGCAGCAGCUCGUCGUGUCCUGCGGGGACAGCAGCGUCUGGAACGAACCUGGAACCUCACACACAACACACACACACACACAGAGUGAUCAGAGAGAGGGGGUAAAACCUAGAUCCUUUCUGUCCUGUGUGCCCACUUCACUCACCGUUGGUCUUGAUGCACAUCCGGUCGUUGAAGGCCUCGGUGGACGCAAAUGCCCAGCAGCUGCCACACUCGGCCUGGUCUCUUACGUGCCCAAUGACAUCCUUGCACUCCGGCCACCUCUCACGGGCGUCAAAGCUCUCAGGCAGCGCAUCCCUAUCGACCGGCACUGUGGGCUUCUUCUCCUGAAGGUGGAUGUACUGGUCGCCCACAAAGGUGCCCAUGAGCCGCCUGGCGUCCUUGACCGACAUCUGACGGAACCGAGGGGGGUUCUCCGCCACCCAGGUGGUGUCGUGCUGGGUGUUGAUCUGCCGCGCCAUGGCCUCAUACGAGGCCGGCCUCGCCUCGCUGAAGGCCGCCUCGCAGAUGGCCUGCAGGCUCUCGUCCGUGAGGAAGUUGUGUUUGCCGGCGCCGAUGGUGCUUGGAGGGAGGGCGUCGAUGGCGUGUCGUUUGAAGUGCGCAAAGUAGAGGCCGAUCUCAUCGGGUGUGAAGGUGCUUGAGAGUUGUGGGGUGAAGAGGCGCCUGAAGCACUCAUCGAGCUUGACAUCCAUCUCCUCUCGGUUGUGCAGGGGCACAUCAGCGGCAGCACCAGCCACAAGGAGGACGACCACAGCCACACGGGACACCAUCUUUUCCCAAACCAACGUCGGGCCUACAGGGCUUUGCUCGGCGAGAAUUUGCGACGUG